AUGGCACACGGUGGAGGUCAUGCGUGGCGCGUUGCACAACGACGGUGUGGAGGUUGUGUGAAGGCUGCGCGUGGGCAGCAACGGAUGGCGACAUGGAGGCCGCACGUGUGCAACGACAGAGCCGCAGAGGGGAGAUGUCGCGACGACUUUUGGUCGCUCGUGGGCUGCGGUGGUGGAGGUGGCACCUCGGUGGUACGGAGGAUGUUUGACGCCAGCACGAUGGUGCGGAGGUUGCGAGUGUUGCGAAGUGGUGCUGGCACAACAAUGAUGAUGGUGUGGCUACUCUUGCAUGGCGUGGUGGCAUGCACAUGUGGAAGCUGUGUAGUGGCACAGCGGGGUCCUUCAUGUGGCACUGGCAGUGGUGGCGAAACAUUGAUAGUGGCUAGGAGGGUGUCAUAG